GUACACCGGUGCGUGCCGUCCCAGAAUGUCGCUUAUUUAUCGAGAAAAAAAUUAUCAUGAGGCUUAGGAAUCUCGAUUGAAGCAAGUAAUAAAUCAAAAAGUUACCGAUUAAAUUCCAGAAACUGUAAAUUAACGUUAAUUCACUCAAAUUCUAUAUUAUUAUUUUUCAAAUGAAACUAAAACUAAUAUAAACAUAAAUACAUUGAUCCAUCACUAAACCAAUAAUUUCAGAAAUGUCUGUUGAAAAUCUAAACCCAUUAUCUCAAAAGCUCACCUGAAAAAUAAAAAUCUCAUCGAAAUUCCACAGCGCGAUACUAAUAGUCCGACGUUUCCAUCGAGCAAAAAAAAAAUCGUUAAAAAGUCCAUUAAUUCUACAACCGAGUGAGUGACACCGCGAGAAAAAGAAGAAAAUUUCCAAUGAGAAGAUGCAAUUCCACCAGCGCAUUGACAGUUUGACAGUCCGUGACAUAGAUAUUGGUGCGUGGAAAACCUGAAUAAAUAAACAAUAAACUUGGCAUUAAGCGUUUCACUGCUGUAAUAAAGAGUCAGGAUGAUCAAUAUAACGAGUUUAACGACAACACUUCCAUCAACAUCAACUCCAUCGACGACAACUCUGGGCGAUGCAGCGGCGGCUGCGGCGGUCGCCGCAUCGAUGACCGCCACCAGUGAUCGAGAGGGACUCAGUGUAAGCAGUACUCUGGCCGGUAUGAUUGGCAUGGAGAUGGAGAUUGCAAUGGACAGAAGUGGAUCAUUCGGAUUGAGUGACGAUUCCGACGUUUCGCCUGUCACACUGUCCGCCGAUUGGUCCAGGGUUGCUAAGCUGCUGUUGCUUGCCUCGUUGGCGGUCGUCGGGAGUGUCGGCAAUGUAUUCAUGAUAUCGGCUGUGAUGGUGGAGGAUCAUUUGAAGAAACGAGGAAAUGCAUUUCUAGUUAACGUUGCCCUGGCAGACCUCCUGAUAACUGGUUUAGUGAUUCCAGCGUCGGCAAUAGUGAUUCUAGCAGGCCACGAGGAAUCAAUAAGCAUCUGUCGAUUCGAGUGGACGCUGGAGGCACUGUGUUUCCUGGUGACUUCAUUGACUCUAGCGACAAUUGCCGCGGAAAAUUAUGCUAGACUCUGUCUCCCUGCUGAAAGGUAUGCAAUCCUCACACCAAGUAGAAUAACCGGAAUAACGUUCUCGGUCUGGGUAAUAGCAGGCGUAGCGGUGGCCAUUCAGUCUUCCCUGAAACUAGGUCCGGACUUCUGCGGUCGUCGUUUCAACGGAGUAGCCAUGGAGCAGGUAAUAGGAGCGUGCCUUCUGGUGCUGCUACCAGCCCUAAUAACGAUCGUUCUUUACUUGCGAUUGAUACUGCGUGUACGACGUGCCAUAAGGAGCUCCUUCAAGCCCCCAGCCGCCUUCUCCUGGGACUACGACCUCACCAAAACAAACAUGUGCAGUUUUGCCCUCUUCGCUGUAUUCUGGUUACCAUUUGGCAGUACAGCAUGCAUUAGCAACUUUAGACGCGUCAACUCCGGAGUAUUUUACAAUCUAGCCUGGUUUGCAUUGUCGAAGUCUUGUGUUAAUAAUCUGCUGUAUUGCGUGCUCGAUCGACACUUUAGAAACGCUUAUGUCAAGUUGUUUCAUUACUGCUGCUGCAAAACCACUGUGAGCUUCUCCAGGAGACAGAGGGGCGAUGGCACCAGGUCGUCCGGGGAUGUCAGACUCAGGGUGCAUAUUAUUCAUUCCUACGCAAGUCCCGCCUCGUGCAGACCCAAUGUCGCCAGACCCUACGGCAAAGACGUCUACGAACUCUAAUUCUCUAUUUGUUUUAUUCCCUGAUUCAGUUAUGUAGAGUUUUAUUGGGUUUUGAUGCACUGCAGACCAACGAAUAUCCUCGCUCCGUCCACUUUCUGUACAUACGCACAUGUAUCUUUAAUCGGUACAUAUGCACACUCAUUGGUUUUACAUUCCUAUUUUCAAGAAUAGUCUGUUCGGGUUUUCUUUGGGGAUUUAUUUUUGUUUGUACAAUGAUUUAAGGAUGUUCUACACCCUUUCUGCCAAAAUUCACAUUU